UCACAGCCUGAACUGGGGAGGAGGCGGGGAAAGGCAGCCCCAGCCCAGAUUGCAGCCGUCGGUCCCAGGGAGAGCAGGCCGGAUGGUCAGAGACCAUGGGGGAGAGCGCGCUGGAGCCGGGGCCUGCGCCCGGGGCGCCGGCCGGGGGUCCCGUGCACGCCGUCACCGUGGUGACCCUGCUGGAGAAGCUGGCCGCCAUGCUGGAGGCGCUGCGGGAGCGGCAGGGCGGCCUGGCUGAGCGGCAGGGCGGCCUGGCGGGCUCGGUGCGCCGCAUCCAGAGCGGCCUGGGGGCUCUGAGCCGCAGCCACGACACCACCAGCAACACGCUGGCGCAGCUGCUGGCCAAGGCGGAGCGCGUGGGCUCUCACGCCGACGCGGCCCAGGAGCGCGCCGUGCGCCGCGCCGCCCAGGUGCAGCGGCUGGAGGCCAACCACGGGCUGCUGGUGGCGCGCGGGAAGCUGCACGUCCUGCUCUUCAAGGAGGAGACGGAAAUUCCAGCCCGCGCCUUCCAGAAAGCACCAGAGCUCUUGGGACCGGAGGACCAGUUGGUGCUGGGCCCAGAGGAGCCAGAGGGUGAAGUUGGAGAGAGUUCCGAUGAGGAGCCGGUGGAGUCCCGGGCUCAGCGGCUGCGACGCACCGGCCUGCAGAAGGUACAGAGCCUGAGAAGGGCUUUGUCUAGUCGAAAAGGCCCUGAAGCAGCACAUCCCACACCAGUCAAGCCUCCCCGCCUAGGGCCUGUCCGGAGCUCCCAGGGCCCAACAGAAGGCCAGCCUGCCGCUCAGCCAGACCCGCCCCCAGAGUCUGCCCUGGAGCCAGAACCGCCUCAGCCUCAGGCUACCAAGGACGAUCCUGGGAGGCCCGUGCUUCAAAUAGAGAGCACGACCUGAUCCCUGGGGCUCCCUGCCCCACUUGGUGCUUAUGCAUUGUUCCAAAAUAAAUCCUUAAAGAGUGCAGCGCUUACAUCCAAAUAAGGAGGGAUUCCUGAAUCCACUGCCCCGCUCGCUCCAAUCCUUCCCUUCUUCCUUCCGGGCUUUCCAGUCUUGUACCCUGUACCCUGGAAACAUCCACCAAUUUAGGCUCACCACCAAUAAAAGCUGUUUCGUCUAACCCAGA